GUGACAGGAGGAGAGACAGAGAGAAAGGGGACGUCUCUGUGCAUGCAAGCUGGACUGAAAAGAUGACCGACGCCAAAAGCGUAUCGUCCACGGAGGUGCCAGAGGGGAAGUUAAUAAAGAAGGGUUCCAUCAAGAAGAAGAUCGAAUCAUUAAGGCGAUGGAGUUCGGCUAGCUUAAAGAGGCCUCCAAGGCCCAAGGCCAAGACCCUGAGUCUAUCUUCCCCAGUGGGGGACCCUGAAGAACUCUGGCUGCAAGAGGGAGACAGGAGAAAGCUUCGACCCAUUGUCGACUCAGUCUUCGGACAGGGGGAGUCGUCUGUAGAACGAAGCGGCGCCCCGUUGGCUGCUGCCAUGCUGGGGGGCAUGGGGGGUGCAGGUGAGCUUGACACGGAUGACGAAGACGAAGGAGCGAGCGAGCGGGACUUCGACGAGCCCCUGUGCGCGCUGGUUCAGAACUGCAACAUGCUGCACCACCUAGUGGGGCCUGCUUGUAUCUUCCUCAGACAGAGCUUUGCACAGAGCCAGAUUGACAGAGAUCUACGACCAGAGGAAAUGGAAGAACUGCGUGAGGCAUUCAGGGAGUUUGACAAAGACAAGGACGGCUUCAUCAGCUGUAAGGACCUCGGCGAAUGCAUGAGGACUAUGGGAUACAUGCCGACAGAGAUGGAACUGAUCGAACUCAGCCAGCAGAUCUGUGGCGGCAGAGUGGACUUCGAAGACUUUGUGGAACUGAUGGGUCCUAAAAUGCUCGCUGAGACAGCAGACAUGAUUGGAGUCAAGGAGCUGAGGGAUGCCUUCAAAGAGUUUGACUCUGAUGGUGAUGGUCAGAUCAGCCUCGGAGAGCUGAGGGAAGCCAUGAAAAAGCUAAUGGGGGAGCAGCUGAACCACCGCGAGAUAGACGAGAUCCUGCGAGAUGUUGACCUCAAUGGGGACGGAGAGGUGGACUUCGAAGAGUUUGUGCGAAUGAUGUCUCGCUGACUCUUCACCAAACUAUUGCGCUACUGCACCAACAUGGACCGGACUGCACACCGUUUAAUUCUUCAUGAUGUACAAUAAUCUUAUUGGUGUUUGUAGUUUUCCGUUAAUUCAACAUCUCUCAAGUAUAA